AUGGAGGUAACCUCCAGGUCAGCUUCAAGGCUCCUCCAGAGUUCAAAAUAUGGUUCUAACCGGCUUCUGCUCCGGGCUGGAGCUGCUAAUUCUACAUACAAUGCUCUCACAACGCUCUCACGACGAAGCCUGAGCCACUCGACUCGUUCAAACGCCCCGACUGAAACAUCCCUUCUCGGCUUCGCGACUGGCUCUUCGCCAUCGUCUGGAGUCCCACAGACCUACUUCUCGAAUCGAAACACGCUCCCCGCAAACACUGUCGUUCGCUUCGUACCCCAACAAACGGCAUGGAUUGUCGAGCGGAUGGGCAAGUUCCAUCGUAUUCUAGAACCGGGAUUGGCUAUUUUGAUACCUUUUAUUGAUCGCAUUGCGUACGUUAAGAGUUUGAAGGAAUCUGCUAUAGAGAUACCCAGUCAGAAUGCGAUUACAGCCGAUAAUGUGACGCUGGAGCUUGAUGGAGUUCUCUACACAAGGGUUGUUGAUGCAUAUAAAGCAAGCUACGGUGUUGAAGACGCCGAAUAUGCGAUUUCCCAACUCGCUCAGACGACGAUGCGAUCCGAGAUCGGCCAGCUUACACUCGAUCACGUCCUCAAAGAGCGGGCUACUUUGAACACCAACAUCACACAAGCUAUCAACGAGGCAGCCCAAGACUGGGGUGUUGUUUGUCUUCGUUACGAAAUCCGAGAUAUUCAUGCACCGGAAGGCGUCGUGGCUGCCAUGCACCGCCAGGUCACCGCCGAGCGAUCUAAGCGAGCUGAGAUUCUUGACUCCGAGGGUCAGCGACAAAGCGCCAUCAACAUCGCCGAAGGUCGUAAACAAUCCGUCAUCCUUGCCUCCGAGGCUUUGCGUGCCGAGAAAAUAAACAGGGCAUCCGGUGAGGCCGAAGCAAUUCUGUUGCGCGCGGAGGCUACGGCCAAGGGUAUCGAGGCAGUUGCUAAGGCAAUCCGUGAUGGACAGGAAAAUGCCCAGAGCGCCGUCAGUCUUAGUGUUGCAGAGAAGUAUGUCGAGGCAUUCGGUAACCUUGCCAAGGAGGGUACGGCGGUGGUUGUUCCUGGCAACGUUGGAGAUAUUGGAGGCAUGAUUGCAAGCGCUCUUUCGGUCUACGGCAAGGUCACUGAAGGUCAGUCCAAGGCGCUGGCCGCUAAGGCAUUGGGAGUCCCCACGACGAAAGAAGCGAGCCACGAGCAUUCUACAAAUAAGGAGGCAACGCUUGAGAAGGCCGAGCAGACGGCUGAGUCGGGCAACGGACGCAAUCCAGUCACUGAAAGUGUCCUUGAUGGGUUUGACCAGACUGCUCAGCAGAAGCGAUAG